AUGACUCUACAUGAGCGAUGGCAUUGGCAGGUUUACAUAACCUUGAUUGCCAUGACUGCGUUUAUAAUCCCAGCAGCGAUCAUCAUCUCUUGCUACACGAUUAUCAUUUGCGUGAUCUGGGGGAAAGGCAGGGGUCUAAACAGGAAUCAGUCAUCCGAUAGUGACGACAACAUCCAAACUACACAUCGGACAAGAAAUAAAGGCAUCAUUCCGCAGGCAAAAAUUAAAACGGUGAAGAUGACGCUCAUCAUUAUACUCGCCUUCGUGACUUCCUGGUCUCCCUACUUCGUGUUCAAUCUUGUUGACGUGUACAGGGAUAUUAACACAGUGACAUCACAGACACAAGUCGCUGUAACGGCUUUUAUUCAAAGUCUUGCUGCGCUAAAUUCGGUGUUAAAUCCAAUCAUCUACGGAAUAUUCGGAACACGAAUAUGCUUAUAUAUAAGGAAGCUGCCUAUUCUGAAAAACCUUGGUGGUUGUGUGUGUAAAUGCCGCAUUAAGAGACAGGUGCUUGCCCGGUCCAAUCUGCAGUGUAGUAAUGGCGGAGGAGAUGGGUCAUCUGGAACGUUUUUAUCUGUCAAAUCCAAAACAAGUGCCACUUGGAAGUGCCUUAAUGGACUUUUUCACAAUAGGAAAUGUGAUUUCAAUAACGAUGAAAAUGAAGUUCCGCAGAUAUUGCCACCCCAGAGGAAACUUUGCCAGCGAAGACCCUCUGGGCUACCAUUGGCAAACAGAAAAAUGACUCCAUCUGAACGUAUAUUGCUUGAAACAUUCCGUGAUGAGAAGCGUCAGAGUUCAAGCACAUUUGAUAACGUGAGUGACGCUAACGGUUCAGCAGAACAAGCCUUAAAUACACAUGUAUAUGUGAGCCAGUAA